CACGGAAAUACCGACGAACAGGGUCCCGAGUGGUACAUUGGUAUGGAUCGUUACUAACUGUCGUCAGAUCCUGUGAGUUGUAUGUUAAAAAAUCUGUCGAAAUGUCGAAAGAAGGCACACUGGUUUCCAAGAUCCGUGAGAGACGUAAGAAAUUAGGUGAAUCAAUGGCUGAUACAUCUAGAGCUAGUGAAACAUCUGAUAUGGAGUUAACACCAAGGACAAACAGAGCCAUGAUGGAUAUCUUGUCUGAAGAUGAUGGUGUUCUUGGAGCAGAUGAUGAUACGUAUUUGUCUUCAUCCAGAGAGGCCAUUGAUGACUUGCUUGAUGCCAAAAAAUUAGUUGAUGAUUUAACAGAACGAAGAGAGGAAACCCGGAAAGAGUUGGAAAAAACUCUGAAAGAGGAAGAUGAAAAGCCUACACCACCAAAAAGGACAAAAGCUAAAGCUGCUAAGCCAACAGAAGAAGAUGGGACUGGUGAUAAACCUAAAAAGAAAAAAAGGCUGAAGAAAGGCAAGAAGGAAGAAGCUGAUACUCCACAGAAGACUGAAGGUGAAGUCAAAGAACAAAAAGGUUUGCUAAUUUNAAUGGAAGAAGCUGUAAAAGCUGCUAAGUCUGGAACUGGACCAGGUGUUAACUUAAAUCAAUCUAUCAGAGAUAGGCUCAAAAAGAAGAUGUCACAAAUGAAGGAGCAAGCUGCAGAAGAAAGCAAAGAAGAAGAAAGUAGAGAUGAUUCUAAAGUUAGCGGUAAACCUCCUACAAGACGAUUACGUGGUAUGAGAGGAAAACAAUUGGCUACAAGAUUUGAUGAACCCAUGUCAGAGGAUGAGAAGAAAUUACAUGAGACUAUUGAAGCUAAGACACAGUGGCAGAAAGCAUUGAAAGCUAUGAAAGCCAAGGAAUCCCAAAUGCCAUCAGCUGAGGAGGCAUUUGACUUUUUUACCAAAGAAUUUGAACCUGAACCUGAAAUAAAACCAAUGGUUAAAGCUGGAACAAGUAAAGAAACAGAUGAGGAUGAAGAAUCUCAAAAAGAAAAAAGGAGACAGGAAGAGGAAGAAAAGGAAAUAGAAGAAAGAGCUGUUGAGGAUACAACAGAGGAUGAACCCUUAUUAGGAGACUAUUUUACUGACGCUGAUGAGUGGAAAUAUAAUCCAUAUGAAUUAAAACCAGCACAAUAUACACCAUAUAAAGAUGUAGUAAACAGAGAAAUGAAUGUUUAUUUUAGACCAUCUGUAGCUACAGUGCCAGCAAAUCAGAAAGUUAGAGAGAAUCAAGAGCCAAGGUACCUAGAAGAUGAAGGCUUUUAUGUUGGAAUAAGACCUCCAGUUGAAAAACGUAAUGUGAAUAUUGAAGAGCAAAGACUUAUUAUGAGACCAGAUAAAGGUUCUAAAUGGUUUGGUGAUGAUGGUAGAAUUAAAGCAUUACCUGAUCCAUUAAAAAGCCAGCCAACAAGACCUCCUGUUAUAGAACCAGAAGAUAUUGAUCCUUAUAUUCAGACUGACUACACCAAGGCUUACUUUGUUGACUUUGACAGUCGUUUUAUUGAUGGUUUUGGUGAAUCCUACGGUAAAUUUCAGCUGGAUGUAGAUGUCAAUGCUAUUACUUUCACUCAUCAUUCAUUAUUCAGUAAAGAACACGUAUUGGCAUCCAGAUUACAGCAAUUAUGGACACAAUAUCUGCUGAGGAACCAGAAAAACAUGACAGACUUUCUGACGGACAAGUUACAAGCUUUGAAGGAGGCUGUUGUUCAUCUCAAGAAACAAAUACACAAUCUUAUAAAGAAUGCUGAUGUUAGUUUUGUGGAAGAACAUCAAACAAGAUUACAAGAUUAUAAGUAUGAAAUAAGACAAAUCAGGAAGUUGAGAGACAGUGAAUUGCAGAAUGACAGACAACUUCUUAAAAACAUAUUGAAAACAUGGAAGGAAAUGAAAGCAUUACGAGAAUCACAAGGAUGUGUCAACACACCAUGUAAAUUAACUGUCAGAAAGGAGGAUUCCAUUAAAGAUGAUGAUAUAGCUGAACGGAAUAAAGAGAUAGAAGAUGAAUUAGAUGAAUUGAGAGUAGAAUAUGAACAGGAAUACAACCAUCAAAUGAAGCAGUAUAAACUAGCCAAGGAUGAGUAUGAUAGACAUAUAAAAAUGAAGGACGCAAUAAGAAAGCGAAAACGAAGAAGAAAGAAGCAUGGAUCACAAGAGAACUUGGCGGAUAGUGAUGCUGGUGAAUCUCAAGCAGAGGAUGAAACAUUAGCAGAACCACAACCACCACCAUAUGAGUUCAAUGAGAAAGAGAUUAAAAUGAAAAUAUUUGCUAAAUAUAAUGAAAUAAGAAGGAAGCCUGGUAAGCAUCUCAAUGUGACUGUGUAA